AUGAAUGUUCAGAGGAUAGAAGAUGUAUGGAACCUUCGAGCCCGUCACCUAGUUCCUGGUUUACCAGAUAAGUAUGUCUUCCAUUUAACCUGCUGCUACCAAGAUGAGUGUAUUCACCCUCUGUGCAAAGAUGGAAGGCCAGCUGUUGAACCAACUUGGUACCCAGGAGGUCCUCCUCUCAGCUUCACCCCUCUUCCUGUGCCAGAUCCAAAGAGGUAAAACAAGUGAAGAAUUUGCUAUUUUAAGUGUUGCAUGACUUGGUCAAUGAAGAGGUAAUACAAAACACUGUAUACGAAAGUUGAAAUUGAAUAUGUUUUCCUCUUUAUAGACCCUAUGGCAAUCUAGCCUGUAAGGAGUGUAGUGGAUUCUGCUCUGGCCAUUAUAUGGUGCCUGAAGAGUUGUUUGCCAGACAUGCUGAUAAAACCAUCGAAGCGGUUCAGCCUCCUACAGAAGUAUUGAAAGAACUCUUUAACAGAAGAGACACUGAAAUUGCUGCUGCUGACGUAUUACUCCCCCAAAACGAGGUAAGUUGUUGUUGCACAUAUUUAUACUUUUGUUUUUUUUUGUGACUUUUUUUCUACUUCUUUCCGAAGGUAUCCAUGUGGUUCCAACAUCUUCAAACUGUCCAGGAUAAUCGGAAACGUGGUGCAUCAAAGGCAGCCAAGACGAGGAGGGAAAGAAGAUUGAACAAAAAGACAGAGAAUCAAAAUACAGAGGCUAGUUACUUUACUGUCAGUGCAGUUUUGGACUCAUUUUAGAUUGGAAGUAUAUGUUUUUCAAUUGCUACUAGUUUAAAAAUCAUGGCUUGUGAGUAGUCUCCUUUUGUAAUUUACAGGUCUGCCAAAUCUGCAAGAGUGAGGAUCCUGAUAAUGCCCAAGAACAAGUCCUGUGGAUACAGUGUGACACAUGUGACAUGUGGUACCAUCAAGUUUGUGUUAGAGCAUCUUGGCCACCUUUAUUAUGCCCUGCAGAGGAUGACAUUUUCUGGCAUUGCCUCUCUUGUGUUGCAGUGAACACUAUGUGA